AUGUGUUACGCAGUAGGUGUUCUUAGCAAAUACAUGCACAAUCCUAGAGACUCUCACAGACAAGCCAUCAAACACAUAUUGUGGUAUGUGAAAGGAACAACAAACUUCGGUCUGUUCUUCAAGAGAGAUGGGUCAAGGAGUGUCGUUGGUUAUAGUGACAGCAGUCACAACAUUGAUCUCGAUGACGGGAGGAGCACGUCAGGACAUGCAUUCUACUACGAUUCAUCACUAAUCACUUGGACAUCGCAGAAGCAGCAAACAGUUGCAUUGUCAUCAUGCGAAGCAGAAUUCAUGGCAGCAACAAAAGCAGCGAAGCAAGCUAUAUGGAUCAAGGAAUUGUUGAGUGAGAUACUAAGCAAAGAAGGCGAGAAGGUCAAGCUUAGGAUCGACAACAAAUCAGCCACUGCUCUAACAAAGAAUCCAAUUUUCCAUGGAAGGAGUAAGCAUGUACUCAAGAAGUAUCACUUCAUUCGUGAGUGUGUGGAUAAUGCACAGAUCAAAGUGGAGCAUGUGUUGGGUGUUCAGCAGAAGGCCGACAUCAUUACCAAACCAUUAGCAAGGAUUACGUUCAAGCAAAUGAGGAGCUUAAUCGGAGUUCAAGAAAUUGAUCUCCCUAAUUCAAAUUAG